AGCAAGUUUGCAACCGAUUGGUUGAGGUAAGAAACUGUAAAUUGGUUAAAAUAGAAAUAGAAGAUAGUGCAAGCUUUAACUUCAACUGAGAAUUUUUGUUUAGAAAUGUUUCAAGAGACGUACUUUGCCUAAACAGAAUAAAAACCGUCAUCUCACGGCAUUAGUGCUUCGUUUCCUACACUCUUCAAAACCUUAAACCCUGCCCCAAGACUCUCUUCCUUCAAAUCCCCCCCCCAAAUAUGGCGACUGUAGCUACAACCACCACAUCGACGGCGGCGACAACCGAAACUUUCAAGCCCUACACUCUCUCCCAAACCCUAGCCGUCCAUAAAAACGCCCUCUCAUCCGUCAAAUUCUCCUCCGACGGCAGCCUCCUCGCCUCCUCCUCCGCCGACAAAACCCUCCGUACCUACUCUCUCUCCCCCACCGCUUCCACUCUCACUCCUAUCCAUGAAUACUCCGGCCACGACCAAGGCGUCUCCGACGUCGCCUUCUCCUCCGACUCCCGGUUCCUCGUUUCUGCUUCCGACGACAAAACGCUCCGUCUCUGGGACGUUCCCACUGGUUCUUUGAUCAAAACCCUCCACGGCCACACCAACUAUGUCUUCUGCGUCAACUUUAAUCCUCAAUCUAACAUGAUUGUCUCGGGUUCUUUCGAUGAAACAGUGCGUGUUUGGGACGUCAAAACUGGAAAAUGCCUGAAAGUUUUGCCUGCUCAUUCUGAUCCAGUGACAGCAGUUGAUUUCAAUCGAGAUGGUUCCCUCAUUGUCUCGAGUAGUUAUGACGGGCUUUGUAGGAUUUGGGAUGCUGGAACCGGGCAUUGUAUGAAGACUUUGAUUGAUGAUGAGAAUCCGCCUGUUUCUUAUGUUAAGUUUUCGCCUAAUGGGAAAUUCAUCCUUGUUGGGACUCUGGAUAACACUUUGAGGCUAUGGAACUUUGAAACUGGGAAAUUUUUGAAAACUUACACUGGCCAUGUGAAUUCAAAGUUCUGCAUUUCAUCUUCUUUCUCUAUUACAAAUGGGAAGUAUAUUGUUAGCGGCUCCGAAGAUAACUGUGUGUACUUGUGGGAACUUCAGUCCCGGAAGGUAGUUCAGAAGUUGGAAGGCCACACCGAUGCUGUUAUAUCAGUUGCAUGUCACCCAACUCGCAACAUGAUUGCAUCAGCUUCACUUGGGAACGACAAGACUGUGAGGAUCUGGACUCAGGAGAAAGAAUGAUCUGCAAUUAAUACCAGUUGCUAAUACGUUUCACAUUGGGAUGCUGGUAAAGAUUUCGAUUUUUAGCAUAGACCUCUGGCUCGUCUGGAUGAAAUGUGCAUUUUUCCUGGAGCUUUUGCUAUUUGUCAUAACAUUUCUUCCAUGUACCUUUGACUGAUGAUCCCCUUUCAGCCUGUGUAUCCAAGAACUACUCUCUGAGAUGUGUUGGGAGUUGCUUAUGUGCAAAAAGUCUCUCCCUUAGGGAUUAUUAGAUUAGUGUGCCUUGUAAUGCACUUGUUUGUCCGUAAUUGUUAACAUUUUGUGGUUUCAGCUA